GUACGAUGCCGCAUCCACCACAUGCAAACUGUUACAGCAGAAGGAGUGCGGCCUCCAUCAUCCUACAGUAUCCUGGCUGGAACAAUUUCGGGCGCUCGGCUCGGAAGAAGCAGACUUGUGAAACAGACCAGUUCUUACAGUGUAUGAUACAUGCCAACUACUUCGAAGUUCGAACAUAGCAACAGCACACAAAGCCAGCAUGGGAGCGCGAGAUCUGGGGCAGCAACUUGCUCCCGCAUCGGCCAUUCAAGCCUAUCUCGACACGCACGCGCACGCGCACGCGCCGACGGCACAGUCACCUCACGCGACUGAACUCCACCAUCUCGCCAUCCAGAUCGCACACAACUUGCGAUACCAACACCUGUGGACCGACGUGUGCCUUCACACCCACUCAGCGCUCGCCGCCCGGCCUCUCCCACGCCCCAUGAUAUCCGGAGUGCCUCCACAGCGCUUGUACGUGCAUCCGGACGAGCAGAUUGAGCUGCUCCAGCAGCAAAAAGACGAGGGCAAGAGUGGCACUGGCAUGCCCGAGCUCAGCAGGGAGCGCGAGUGGGUGCUACCCAGCCAUCUGCGCGAGAAAUGGAGUCUGCGGAGAUUUGGCGAGACUUUCAACUCUCUCACGGUCGUGCCGCCGCCGCCGCCGCCGCCCCCGUCGACCCCUACCCCAGCCGGUGACUCUGAUGAGUUGAACUACGACUUUGCGCAUGUACCCGACCAUCUCGAACCUAGUAAAUGGCGCACAUCCCUGCCCAAGAGACUUCUCCUUGCCACCCUGGACGAUGACAGUACCGUCGUCUACUACAUCGUUCACGAUGGUCUGGUCAAGCCCAGACAGAACUGAGAUGGAGACUUUUGCGACAUCCAAACUUACAACCGGAGCUACUCCGCGCACUUCUCUACUACAUCACCUUCCAUCUGCAAGGGACAAAGUAUGUCAAGCAUACGGACGGAGAGCACCGAGACCACAAAGCAGCACUCACGCCACUAUAUCGAAAGGCUGUCCUCCGUAGCUCUUGACCACAGACAGGCCAACCACAACGGUACAUCGCUGCUGUGUAUUUGAAAUAGUAAUACUCUCCUGGCGGUGCUGCUGUGUGUUCGAAGUAAUAAUACUCUCCUAGCAGUGCGGCGUGGUCGGCGUUCCAUCUUUGCUUCAAAUUCACCAUCACAACACCCAUGGACCAUGGUGUGGCAUAAAGGGCCAAAAACGGAUCUUUCGUACAGAAAGCUACGUAGCGGCCAAAAACGAGCCUCAGCGAUGCUAUCUCGGACAACUUUGCAAAUUCCCAACAGAUAUCCGCUGUAGAGGCACUAUGUACAAGCUGCUGCUGCUAUCAGAGACGCAUUUGGUACGAGUACAUAUUCUGAGAAAACCCCGGGUCCCAAAAAAUGUCGGGAAUCAUAUCGCAUAGCGCGCAUCGAUGCGCAUCGCGUCCCAUCUAUCAUUUCAUACCCAAUCCGUCCAUCAAUCCUCCAUGAUCACCCAUGUUCCCUUCCGGUCCCGUAUCGAUCGCCGAGGGCGUCAAACCUGCUGCUCCGAUCCCAGCCAUGUCUGCGAAGCCCGUGAAACUAUUCGACCAAUCGAGAGUGCUUGUGCCGUUGAAAAGGUUAUUGUCCUCUCCCACUGUAGGUGGUUCCAUGUUGAAUGGCAUGAACCAAGCUGUUGAUGGAUCUCCCCAGAAGCCACUGUGCUGCUGCGCGCCUUGCUGAUUGGCGCAGGCGUGCAUAUCGAAGUUUUCAAAGUUGACGUUGCCGGCGCCGUCGAGCAUGCUGUUCAGGCUGCUUUGGUUGCUGCUCCCGCUAUACGAGUUGAGAACCAUUUGCCGGUCGAGUUGAGGCAGGUAUUGUUGUGGUGGGGUGCUGAUGAGAGGAUUGUGAGGUGGUUGGAAGCCUGGCGGGA